AUGAAUCCUCCUGUGCUCGUACCAUCGGUGCCCGGAAGACCUCUUAUCCUAUACAUGACUGUAUUAGAUGAGUCAAUGGGGUGUGUGGUGGGACAACAUGAUGAGUUCGGAAAAAGGGAACGGGCCGUCUAUUACUUGAGCAAGAAGUUCACGGCAUGCGAUAUGAACUACUCUUUGCUAGAGAGGAUGUGUUGUGCCUUGGUAUGGACAACUCACCGUCUGAGGCAGUAUAUGCUGAAUUACACUACUUGGUUGGUGUCCAAAAUGGAUCCUGUCAAGUACAUUUUCGAAAAGCCCGCUCUCACUGGAUGGAUAGCUCAAUGGCAGGUUCUGUUGUCAGAAUUCGAUAUUGUCUAUGUCACUCAAAAGGCAAUAAAGGGGAGUGCCUUGGCAUAUUACCUAGCUCAAUAUCCCAUCAAUGAUUAUCAGCCUAUGCAUCCAGAAUUCCCUGAGAAGGAUAUCAUGACCUUGUUUAAGGAGGAGGACCAGGAUAAGUGGAUCGUGUGGUUCGAUGAAGAAGAGGAGGAUGGUAAGCCUUGGUACUUCGACAUCAAACGAUACAUUGAAGACAAGGAAUACCCGCCUGAGGCCUCUGAUAAUGACAAGAGGACGUUAUGA